AUAUACACAAGUGCAAUUUUUUUUUUAAUUUUAUGUGAGUUUAUAGGCCAGCCCACGUGGACCUGCAGACUCACUACCCUAACCCGUCCCACGUUUUUUCUGCGGGCCUGCAGACCGGAUCCAUGGGCUGGCCAGGCCUAAUUGCCAUCCCUGGGUAACAAAAAGAAAAAACAAAAACUAAAAAAAAAAAGGAUGUCUAAAACUAGAAAUUGAACCCGGUGUACACGAUUGCUUCCCACGGUAGAGGAUCUUGUUGUGAUUCAAACACCAAAUCGAAGGCAUAAGUAAAUGAAUCUGAUAGCAGCAGAACAAGUGCUGGAGCCAUGGCACAAGCUAGAAGACAAAGUCGUUCUUGUCACCGGUGCUUCCUCCGGAAUCGGACGAGACUUUUGCAUUGACCUCGCUAAAGCUGGCUCCUACGUCGUCGCAGCAGCUCGCCGCCUCGAUCGCCUCACUUCCCUCUGCCACGAAAUCAACCGCCUCUGGCCCUCCCCCGCCGGAAACAGCCGCGCAGUGGCCGUGGAGCUCGAUGUCGCCGCCGAUGCCUCCACCAUCGACAAGGCCGUGCAGAAAGCCUGGGACGCCUAUGGCCGCAUUGAUUCUCUCAUUAACAACGCUGGUGUCAGAGGAAGUGUUAAAUCACCCUUGAAAUUGUCUGAGGAGGAGUGGGAUCAGGUGUUCAAGACUAACGUUACCGGGUGUUGGUUGGUGUCAAAAUAUGUAUGCAAACGCAUGUGUGAUGCCCAGAUGAAGGGAUCAAUUAUUAAUAUUUCUUCAGUUGCUGGUUUAAAUCGGGGGCAAUUGCCUGGAGGUGUUGCCUAUGCGUCUUCGAAGGCAGGAGUAAAUAUGCUGACCAAGGUCCUGGCUAUGGAAUUGGGAGUGCACAAAAUUAGAGUGAAUUCAAUAUCCCCUGGAAUUUUCAAAUCUGAAAUCACUGAGAAUUUAUUGCAAAAAAAGUGGCUGGAAGGUGUGGUCAGGAAAAUAAUGCCUUUGAGAAGGUUAGGUACUUCAGAUCCAGCAUUGACAUCUCUAGCACGUUAUCUUAUUCAUGAUUCUUCAGAGUACGUCACAGGCAACAACUUUAUUGUUGAUUUUGGAGCCACCUUACCAGGUGUGCCAAUUUAUUCUUCUCUAUAAUUUAUGUAUACAUUGUUCAGUACUCCAAUUGGAACCAUUCCAUCAUAUCUUCAAAUUAAAUGAUAUAGAGUUCUGAAGUCCAUGUAUACGGAGAAUUAUGUACGAUGGCUACCACCUUGAUCUUACUUUGCCUAUUUUCUUUUUCA